GAGAAUGCUGCAGCUGACAAGUUAGAUCAAGAGAAACGUAAUGCUAUGAUCAGUGGUAAUGAUAUCAAAGGAACCAAUGAUGUACACAGUACUGCUACUGGACCAGCUCCUCCUACAGGUACAAACAAGCCAUUGAUAGGAGGUCCUCCACUCUCUCUUAUUGCAUUAAUGGAUAUACUAAAAGUAUCGGAAUUGAUAGAGAUUCAUGAGUUAUUGAUCAAAGGACAACUGGAGGAGUCUCUACCACUGCUUGAUGCUGAUACUAUAAGAAAGAUUAGAAAUGCUGCUAGUGAUGGUGAAGGAAUGUCUCUUCUUAGAAAAGCAUUUGAAGAACAUGCAACACUGCUACAUGAAAUGAGAGUAGCUACUGAAAAAAUAAAAGGUUCAUCACAAAAGACACUAAAGUCUCCUCCCCCAGUAGCACCUAAACCAAAAUCAUUAUCUCAAAGGGGACAAUCUCAACCAUUGACAACAGCAAAAAAACCACAUCCAUUUUCACAAACCACACAACCUCCACCAACAGCGCCUAAACCACGUCAACGAUCAACAACUGCACAACCUUCACCAAAAGCACAACUUCCUCCAACAACUGCACCUAAACCACACCGACCAUCAAUAGCUAAAAAACCUCCACCACCAGCACCUAAGCCAAGACGAUCUCAAGAUUCAUCAUCAGUUCCACAUGAUCUAACAGCAACAGUACUGCAAGAUAAGGAGGGGAAGAAAGAUCCAUCAUCAUUCAAACCAAUGGAAGGAUCAAUGUCACCAGAAUACAUUACAAUGAAAGAGAUGUUAGCUGAUCUUGUUGAUCUUUUGGCAGGAAAUGCUCCAGUUAUUUCUCAAUUAAACAAUCAUCUCUUUUCAUCUGAUCUCAUUCCUAAAGCAGUACAUGUUACUGUUGAAAGUACUGCAGGACUCACUCCUUAUGAUAGAGCUAAUAAAAUAUUCUCUUCAGUACUAGCAACACUUGAGUGUCAUGCUAAUCCUAACAGUGUGUUCUCUUCUCUCAUUACUUCACUACAGAAAGUAGGACUAAAGAACAUGGCAUCUAAACUAAUAGAAAAUUUAAAAAUGAAAGGUGGUCAUGUUGAUCCUAAUCUAAAGCAGCAACCAUCAGUCAGUAAGGGACCACUUCAAGCAGUGGAUGUCACUGCACAAUCUCACACACCACAACCAACAAUCACUGGAUCACAAUCAUCUACUCCUACUACUGUCAUUGAGCUCAGUUCAAAGAGUGAAGUUGCUGCCAAUAUUAAAAGUCUUCAUUCUCAUUUUGCAUCUCUUGAUUCUAAUAUAAGAGAUGAGUUUGAGGAGCUUGUGGAAAAGGGUAAAGUGAAGCUUAAAGCUGUAGCUAGGAGUGCAGCAGCUUAUUUAAGCAUUCAAGUAUCCAGUUUGAAAUAUGGCAAUGUUGAUGAACUAUUUGAUUCUCUUCAGCCUCAUUAUGAUUUCUUCAGCUGUGGUGGUGUACUUCAACACUUAGCAAAACAGUACCUUUUAACUGCACAAAUUGAACUAACUGAAUACAUUGAUAGUGUUGAUAAAUUCUCAGAAUCAUCACAAUUGAAGCACAUACGAUCAACAAUCAAAGAGAAAUUGUCAUCAUUACCAGCAGCAGCCUCACCAACCACUAGCGAUCAAACAAAACCAGUCGUUAUUAAACUGAAUGACAGAUGGGAAGAAAUGACAAUAAGUAAACUCAAGAUAGUUUUCAAGCAUUACUUUGGAGUAACGUCAAAUCUCUUCAGUCACAUUAGCUUUGAUUAUGGUUCAUUUGUUGUUACACUGUUACUACCAACCUCACUAUCACAGUCUCUUAUUGAUGUUAUCAAUAACAAAACAAACUCAAUGAGUAGAUUAGGAAUAUUGGAAGUUGCUGUUAACAAUAAAGCAAUUCCUAUGAGAAGAAAAGAUAAUAACAAUUUUGACAUUUCGCUCCAUGAAUCAGUUAAAGGUUGUGAAUUUUUUGAAGUAUCAAUGCUACUGCAGUUAGGAGCUGAUCCUAACAGUAAAGAUGAGAGAGGAAAGAGUGCAGUAGAGAUAGCAAAUGAAAGAGGACACACUCAAAUAAAAGAAAUACUACUAACUGGUGGAGGAAAAGAGACUGGAAAGGUGGAGUGGACCAGGUAUGAUGUAGUCCUCACUAAACCAGCAGCAGGUCAAUGUCAGGAAGUGAUCAGUCAAUUAACGGACAGUCAUCGGAACAUUCACCUCCAUCACUCAUCAACUGAUAUUGUAUACUUGAUGAUGUCACUAGCACUGGACAUAAGAACAAUAAAGCAGAUUAGGAUAAGAAACACUAAAAUAACAAAAGAUGUCAUCCUCUUACUGUCACACAAAAUAACAAACAAUACUUCAUUAAAAACACUAGUGAUCAGAGAUGAUUCCAUCAAUAAUGAUGGAGUCAUUGCACUAACACAAUCAUUAAUUAAUAAUAAAACAAUUACUAACUUACGUCUUAAUAACAAUCCUGACAUCACUUCAACCAGUGCUCAGUCACUAGCUGAACUUUUACUCUACAACCACACACUAUCUUACCUUUGGCUGGAGGGUACUAAAAUUGAUACUGAUGGAGUACUGGUGCUGAUAAAAUCUCUCAGGACCAAUAAUACACUAAGGAGACUAGCUUUAGACUAUAAUCAUAAACAAACUUUAUCUGAAACUUUUGAAAACAGAUUAUUUUUUUUUUAAGAUUAAUUAAUUUUUUGGUAAUUAUUUCAUAUAC